AUGGCAGAGGCUGCAACUCCGAGUCUGGGGGAUGGCAACGCAGCCAUCAAUGCAGAAAUCUUGAGUGUGCUGAGGUUCAUCACCAAGGCAUCGCCUCAGGAGCUGCAGGAGUUCCGCCCAGUGAGCGUGUCUCUUGCUGUUGGCGAAGCUGUGAUGCAUGUGAACUUGGUCAGGGAGUCAGUGCAGCCAAUCUUGCCAAUGCACGCGUUGCCGCUUUUGGGCUGUGAGAUCAACUGGACCGACCGGGGUAUUCAUGUGCGGCAUCCAGGGCUCGGAAUCCUUCCGGUGAGAGUUAAGGAUGGCACUCCUGAGUUGCCAGAGUUUCUGGUGCUUCGCCUGAUUGGCGAAUACGAGCGCUUCCUCUUGCGCCGUGAGAACUCAAGGGCCGUGUUGCGAAUCGAUGGGGUCGUAUGUGGGGAAAGAGGGGAUGAUAGGUUUGGGUUUUCAGACCUCAGCCCUUCCGAUCGUGCUUUGGUUGAUCGGGACACUCUGUUAUUCCUUCGGUCCCUGCUGUUGACCUUUGUGGCCUCGUGUGCCAAAGAGAAGUUCUUCAAUUGCUUGGAAAUGCCUGAGGCUUCUGCUGCGUGGGAAUGGCCCGAGUAUGAGAAUGUGAUUAAAGCCCCGGCUUCCAACUUCUAUGGUAAGGAGUGGGCUCAUGGGCUUGUUAGCCGGGUUCUGCGUGCCUGGGAUGACUACUGCUGUGUCAGCUUUGAGCGCCUGCAGGCUCACACCCGUGAGCAAGAAGGAGCUUCCCGCGACCGCUCCACUUCACGAAGCAUCCGCAUCUGUUUGAGCUCUCCAGUGAUGUUGCGGGUUGAUGAGGCUAAGGCCCAGGACAAAGAGGAUCCCCAUGCAAGCUUGAUCUACCAGCCGGUGUACACAAAGCUUGGGGAUGAUUUCCUUGAAGAGCCAAGCUCGGCCGUUGGGGUUUCUUCCACGCCGGGUGAGGAUGACUCAGCUCUUCCUGUGAGCUUUGAGGCUAAAUCUUCGCACAAGCCUCCGCCGCUUCAGCCUGAGGGCAGUGACUCCGAUGAUGGUCAAGAGUUUGUGACUUUGGUGUGGGCAGAGCCGCUAAAGACCCGCCAGUCCUUCAAUGUGCAGCUUGCGAUCAUGCGUGUCGUUGCUCGCCUCCGAGCGUUUGGCAUUCCGUGCUUCCGUUUCCACAGUGACCGGGCACGGGAAUACUUGAGUGAUUCGCUUGAAAGGUUUCUGGCUGAGCAGGGCAUUCACUCUACAAGGACGGCCCCUGAGGAUCAUCCCUCAAAUGGCGUGGCCGAGGUCGCAAUUCGUGAAGUCAAGCGGGCGGCCCGCAGAGCUCUUCCUUCGGCCCACGGCAGUGAGACACGCGGGGGAAGUCCUAUGGCGCAAGGGCAUAGUUCGGUUGGGCGGGGCAGCCAGGUCUCUGCUGGCUUACGGGACACCAGUCGAGGCUCGAAAAAGGCUUCGCCACAGGGACGUUUGGAUGUCUCGCACUCGGUCUGGAGUCCUGAUCGGCCCGGCUCCGCAGACUUUGUCUUCGUACCUUGUGCUGUUUGA